UUUGAACCACUGUAAUACACUUGAAAAGAAACAGAAUCUAACAUCUUCGUAGAUUCUGUGCUUUGUCUUUGUGUUUCGAACUUGGGGGAAGAUUACAUAGUUUUAGCAUCUGUGGUUCUCUAGUUUCUACUGCAAAUUGGCAACGCUUUGCUCAUGCUAAUUGAAAGAUCAAAGCUUAACUACCGUCUCUUCUGUGUUUUUGACACUGCACACCACCUGCUCGAUAAAAUGUCUGCAAUAUUUACUCGUCCACAUAGGCUCUUGUCCCUGAUAGGCAGUUUUGGAGGAGGGCUGACUUCUUGUUCGGCUACACAAGAGUUUGCAAAUGGCUUCUUGUGCAUUUGCUAAGAUAGUGAAUCCUUUGCUUAGUUUGUUGGAUGUUUCUCUGAACGACAUCCCUUUCAAGCUGAACCAUCCGCAAAGAGGUGUUUGCUAGGAUCAAAAGAGCUUGAUCGAAAUGGAAAAAAUGUUAAGAUCAGGAGCUAGAGCUGCCUUCAGAAACAGUCAGACACCGUCAACAUCAAGUGUGGUAUCAACCAUCAAGACCGAAGAGUCGAUGAACGAUCACAUCAACUCCCUCUGUAAACAAAAUCUUUACAAGGAAGCAAUGGAAGCGUUUGACUUUGCACAGAAGAAAUCAAUCUUCAAGAUACGGUUACAAACCUAUACUUCUCUAAUUUGCGCUUGCUCUUCUUCUAGGUCUCUAGCACAAGGCAGAAAGAUACACGAUCAAAUUUCGAAAUCCGACUGCAAGCACGACACCGUUCUCAACAAUCACAUUCUAAGCAUGUAUGGGAAAUGCGGCUCGCUAAGGGAAGCAAGAGAAGUUUUUGAUUUUAUGCCUCAGAGGAACUUGGUAUCUUACACAUCUGUGAUCACUGGCUACUCACAGAACUGUCAGGAAGGGGAAGCAAUCAAAUUGUACAUGGAAAUGCUUCAGGCAGGUUUAGUUCCUGACCAGUAUUCAUUUGGAAGCAUCAUCAAAGCUUGCGCCAGUGCUGGUGAUGCGGUGUUAGGGAAGCAACUGCAUGGUCAAGUCAUCAAGCUGGAACCUAGUUCUAGUCUUUUCGCUCAAAAUGCUCUGAUUGCUAUGUAUGUUAGCUUUGGUCAAAUCUCGGAUGCAAGGAGAGUGUUCUGUGGUGUCCCAGUAAAGGAUGUAAUCUCCUGGGGUUCAAUCAUCUCAGGCUUCUCGCAACUUGGGUAUGAGUUUGAGGCACUAAGCCACUUAAAAGACAUGUUGUCUUAUGGUGUUUGCCAGCCGAACGAGUAUAUAUUUGGUAGCUCUUUGAAAGCUUGCAGCAGUCUUCUUCGAGCAGAUUACGGAAGCCAAAUACAUUGUUUGUGCAUCAAGUCUGGCUUAUCCGAAGACGCAUUUGCAGGCUGCUCUCUGUGUGACAUGUACGCUAGAUGCGGCUUUCUUCGCUCCGCGAGGAGAGUUUUUAAUCAGAUAGAAAGGCCUGACACAGCGUUGUGGAACGUGAUCAUAGCUGGACUAGCGAAUAACGGCUACGGUGAUGAAGCUGUAACGUUCUUCUCUCGGAUGAGGAGCUCUGGUUUUCCUCCUGAUGCUACCUCCUUGCGUUCUUUGCUCUGUGGUCAGACGAACGAAACGGGACUGCGUCGAGGCGUGCAGAUUCACUCUUUCAUAGUCAAGUACGGUUUGAUUACGGAUCUUUCGGUUUGCAACUCUCUUCUUACCAUGUACGGCUGCUGCUCGGAUUUGUACUGUUGUUUUAGGAUGUUUGAAGACUUUAGAAACAGAGCAGAUUCUGUUUCUUGGAAUUCUAUCCUGACGGCGUGUUUGCGGCACGAACAGCCAGCAGAGGUGUUGAGAUUGUUUAAGAUGAUGCUCGUCUCUCAAUGUGUGACGGAUCACGUAACCAUGGGCAAUCUGUUACGUGCUUGUGUGGAAAUCUCGUCUCUAAAACUAGGAAGUCAAGUCCAUUGCUAUAAUCUAAAAACUGGCUUGGUUCUUGAGCAGUUUAUAACAAACGGACUCAUUGAUAUGUAUGCAAAGUGUGGGUCGUUGGAGCAAGCGAGUAGGAUAUUUGAUUCAAUGGAUAAUAAGGAUGUAGUCUCGUGGAGCAGUUUGAUAGUUGGAUAUGCACAGUCUGGAUUUGGAGAAGAAGCUCUCACAUUGUUCAAGGAAAUGAAAAGUUCAGGCGUAGAGGCAAACCAUGUAACGUUCGUCGGUGUUCUUACUGCUUGUAGUCAUGUUGGGUUAGUGGAAGAAGGCUUGAAGCUAUAUUCAGUCAUGCAAACUGAACACGGGAUCGCGCCCACGAAAGAGCAUUGCUCAUGCGUAGUCGACUUGCUAUCCCGCGCUGGGCAUUUAGAUGAAGCUGAGAAAUUCAUAGACGAAAUGGAGUUGGAACCUGAUGUAGUCGUGUGGAAGACUCUACUUUCUGCUUGUAAAACACAAGGGAACAUUGAUCUCGCACGAAAAGCUGCUGAAAACAUUCUGAAGAUUGAUCCUUUUAACUCAACAGCUCAUGUAUUGUUAUGUGGGAUACAUGCUUCUUCUGGAAACUGGGAAGACGCUGCGUUGAUGAGGAGCUCGAUGAAAAAUCAUGAUGUUAAAAAGGUUCCGGGACAGAGCUGGAUUGAAGUUAAGGAUGAAAGGCAUGUGUUCUUUGCUGAGGACGUUCUUCAUCCAGAGAGGGAUGAUAUAUAUACAGUCUUGCAUAACGUUUGGUUGGAGAUGAUUGAUGAGAGUAGGCCGCAAGAUAAGAAGAGACUCCAGUUUAUCCAUUAGAGGCGUUUUGUGGAGUCAUAUGUGUAACUAUUUGAAGAAAUGUGGAGGCUUUACAUGUGAUUAUUAUGUAUCUUCGCUGAAGCUGAAGGUCGAUGCAU